AUGGACGUUUUCAAAGCCUUUCUGUGGCUGCUUGGAGCCCAAAGUGCGUCGGCUUUCAGCCAUGUCUAUCGGUCUGAAAACAACAUCACCAGAAAUUGGGAUGCGGCUGCCCAGAUGGCAAAGGACCUUGUCUCGCAACUCACACUUGACGAGAAAGUCACUAUGAUCACGGGCAACUCCUCGGCAGGCAGCUGCAUCGGGGUCAUCACGGCGAUUCCUCGCCUGGGGUUCCCAGGCCUGUGCAUGCUUGACGGCCCAGCUUCCAUCAAUCGCGUGGAUUUGGUCAGCGUCUUUCCUUCGGGAAUAACAGCUGCAGCCACGUUCGAUCGUGACUUGAUCUACCGUCGGGGCCAUGCCCUUGGUGAAGAGUUCAAAGGCAAAGGCGGCCAUGUGAUGCUUGGUCCAUCAACCGGACCAAUGGGUCGUCAUGCCUUAGGCGGCCGUAACUGGGAAGGUUUUGGCCCCGACCCAUAUCUUGCUGGAAUCUCUAUUGCACAGACUGUCCAUGGUGUCCAAGACGCGGGCGUUCAGACAUGCUCCAAGCAUUACAUUGCCAACGAGCAAGAAACCCAGCGUUCCAAUACCAACCAGACUGAUGGCACUCAAGCGGAAGCCAUCUCGGCCAACGUCGAUGACAGAACUAUUCAUGAACUCUACCUCUGGCCGUUUGCCAACGCUAUCAAGGCCGGCACAACAUCUAUCAUGUGUUCUUACAACCGUCUCAACCAAACAUACGCCUGCGAGAACCCGCACAUCCUCCAAACCCUCCUCCGGGAAGAGUUGGGUUUCAAAGGUUACACAGUCAGCGAUUGGUUCGCCACACACUCCACCGCCGAGUCUAUCAAUGCCGGUUUGGACUUGGAAAUGCCUGGCAUCAUCCCCUCGGGCUACCCAGGAGCUGCCACGUACUUCGGCGACAAGGUACUUGAGGCUAUUGAUAACGGCACUGUUACGGAAGCCAGAAUCGACGAGAUGAUCCGCAACAUUCUCACACCAUACUACUUCCUUGGACAAGACGCCGAAGACUAUCCCACCGCAGACCCUGCCCUCAGAUGGGUAACUCUCGUCCAAGAAGUGGGGCUUGAAGUGGCUAAGGAGGGCGGAUAUCUUCCAGAAGAUUUUGUCUUCGAGCACGGCCGUGAUGUGAGAGGAGACCAUGCCAAGGUGAUCCGCGAGAUGGGCGCUGCCGGCACAGUUCUUCUCAAGAACACUAACGAGACAUUGCCCCUCACCAACCCCAAGAUCAUCGGCGUCUUCGGCAACGACGCGGGCGACAUGACAGAUGGAUUCUACCGCCCAUCGGAGGUCCCGGACAGCGUCAAUACGGGCACCAUGAUCAUAGGCGGCGGAUCUGGUACAGGUCGAGCUUCUUAUGUCGUCUCACCUCUCAGGGCCAUUCAGUCCAAAGCAGCGGAGACAAACACCGAGGUUCUCUACGCCACCAACAACGAGCUUCUAGCGAGAAAUGACUUCAGAGGUAUCUACCCGCCCCCAGAGAUCUGCAUCGUUUUUCAGCAAACCUUCGCCAGCGAGAGCUUCGACCGCACGUCAUUUGAACUCGACGGCAACUCCACAGCGGUUAUCAAUAACGUUGCUAACUUCUGCGGCAACACCAUUGUCGUAACCCACUCCGGUGGUGUCAAUACCAUGCCUUGGGCUAAUCACACCAAGAUUGGAGCCAUUCUUGCUGCCCACUAUCCCGGACAAGAAAGCGGAAACUCCAUCGUUGAUCUUCUUUGGGGUGAUGUCGCCCCAUCGGGACGUCUUCCUUACACCAUCCCGCUCAAUGAGGAGGAUGCUGGCCCUCCGGUCGUCAACCUCACUGGGCCCGUCUCAGAUCCUCUCUCUUGGCAGUCUGAUUUCACCGAAGGGCAGCUCAUCGACUAUCGUCACUACGACGCCACCAAUAUCGAGCCACUGUACGAGUUUGGGUAUGGGUUGACCUACACAACCUUUGCCAUCGAAGGCGACGUUGAUGUCAGCUUCGUUGACGGGGAAUCAAAGGUUGCAUCCCGACCAGACUCCUCGCUUCAGGUGCAGCCUGGCGGCAACCCUCAACUUUGGGAAGAAGUUGUUGUAGUCAAGGCGAAGGUUUCUAACACUGGCAAGGUGGCAGCUCAUUCUGUUCCGCAGUUUUACCUGUCGUACCCGGACGGUGUGCCGGAGGGAACACCUCAAAAGGUCCUUAGGGGUUUCGAGAAGAUAUGGUUAGAUGCGGGUGCCUCUUCUGACGUCGAGUUUCGUCUUCUUCGCAGAGACCUGAGUUACUGGAGCACGAGCGAGCAAACCUGGAUCAUUCCCGAAGGCGACUUCACCUUCAAAGUAGGCUUCAGCUCUCGAGAUCUUCCAGUCAACAGCACCUUUUCUAUUAUAGGAUAG